GUCCUCGAUUGGAGCCCGGCCUGGUGUAUUGAAGGCCGCGAAGAUUGUUCUGUUACAUACAAGCACGGUCAUUCUAAACAAUAAUGUCACAGCUAUAUAAUGUAUACAUCAUCCUGGCGCCCACCUCCGACGCAACUUUUAGAAGAUCCUGUCCCGCAGACAUUUAAACACGACAUCAUACUCGUGUUCAUUUCACCCUUGCCCAGUUACACGCCUUACCUCGUGUUGUCUCAUAUUCGCGUCUACAUGCCCUCUUCGUUCACUAGCCGUCCCUGAUUGAUCUGUGCAAGUUCAUAGCCUCUGCCGCAAGCCCCUCUUGCCCUCGUCAGCCAUUGACAUACAUGCUCAGUGCCGCGUGCCUCUUCAUACUUAUAUCCACAAAAAACUUCUUCAUUCUACAAUAAUUUUCUUUUUCCUCUUUUGCCUAUCUGCUUAACUUACUAUGACGAACCCGAGGGACGAUCGUUUUUACGGAAGCCUUGGGAAAUCGCGCAAAAGCCCUCCUGGGGGGGAUGUUCAAAGUAGUGUUUUUCAGGGACAGGGUGGGCGAUAUGUGCUCCCUCCUCUUGAUUCAGCUUUUCCAACCUCACGUUCUCCAGCUCCCAGCAAUUAUUCUAACCAGUAUUUGCAGCCACGUUCAUCUCAAGUAAGAAGCGAUCAUAAUGCGUCUUUGUACGGUCAAUGGUCAAAUACUGCUCCGGCACAGCAACAUUCGCCCACUUACUACGAGCAUGGCGACUCUAGAUACCCUUCGCAACAAACAUACCCAUCGUACUCCUCUCGGACUCCGCCAACGCUUCCUGGAGAUGCACAUACUUCUCGCAAAUUACCUCCACUAAAUGUGCCCUCUUCUACUGUCAGGGAUGACAGAUGGCAAGCUGCCGCAUUUGGUCCCAUGCCGACUCAUAUGUCUGGUUACAGUGAAAUUCGGUCACCGACAGCAACUUAUCCUCCAGAAUAUGCUUCGUAUCAGCAACAGCAGCAACACCAACACCAGACGUCAUACUCAUAUCCUCCCGUUCCCGACCAACGCAGCCAUCCAAAUCAGAUGUCAUCGGUACACCAUGCCCAACAAAUCUCGAUGGGGGCAUAUUCAACUGAAAGAGGUCUCCCAUCACACAUCGAGGCUCAUGGUACUUCACCUUACGCCCGGAAUCACCAUCCUUCUUUGACAAACACGGCGAUCACUCAGGAGCCUGUAUCAGUACUGGGUACAGAUGAGCCCGUCAUCAAGAAAAAACGAAAACGAGCUGAUGCUGCGCAGCUCAAAGUUUUGAAUGAGACCUAUAAUCGUACAGCCUUUCCUUCGACCGAGGAGCGUGCUGACUUGGCUAGGAAGCUCGAUAUGUCGGCAAGGAGUGUGCAGAUAUGGUUUCAGAACAAGAGGCAAUCGAUGAGGCAAACUAGUCGCCAGUCAUCUACUUCUGUGACAUCCUCUUCACAUCAGCCUUUCUCGAUGACCUCACAAUCGGACGACCUGUCACACCCUUCUGUUGGCGGAUACGGCGGUGGUAGCAUGGGUUCGACUAUUUCCGGCCAAACAUAUCUGCCACGCUCUCCUCAGGAAAAUCGGGCAUCCGUCCACGCCAGUCAGUCACCAAUAGUCUCUCAUCGUCGCAGGAGUGACGAAGAAGAUCCUCGUAAAUGGUCUGCACGUGGAUACUGAUUUGGACGACAGUUGAUCGUCACUUCAUCUGGAUCUGUGUCGUUUGGGCGCUAGAUAUCCAUACAUUCAUUACAUCGUCUUACUAUCUGUGCAAUAGCGUGUGUCUCAUUCAUCAUGAUUAUCGAAUCUAGUAAUCUACACCUGACCCUUAAUUCUUCCAUAUUAACAUCUAUUCCUAUACUAUUAUCCCACAAGAUUGUUUUCAGCUCGCAUCGCACUCUCAUCUUACUUAAACUCGUCGCAGUAUUUUUUAUGUACUUAUGUUGUUAUUGUUUUCUAUAUUUUCACAAAUCAAGUAGUUAUAGCGGUCUACUCUGUACUGGCCUACCUCCGCUGCGGAUCUCCGCGGUGAGUGGCACUGUAUAUACAUUCCGAUUCAUCCGUUCAAUCGCAUUGGAAGUUUGCCCCUUCGAAA